GCUACGUCUUUGGCUACGUGUAAACAAAUUCGCAUGUUGGACGUGUGUACUGACUACUGUCACAUAUUUUUAACACUUGUUACUUGUGUGAGGUGCAUAUUGCAUCUAACGCACUGAGACCAUGCAGGAAUAUUUUUGGGAUAUUGAGUAAAGAAUCUGGAAACAUGACACAGGAGCAAAUUGAGAAUUUGCCAAUUGACAUACAUUCCAAUAAACUUCUUGAUUGGUUGAUUAGUCGGCGGCACUGUGAGAAACAAUGGCAGAAGGCUGCACUUGUCAUCAGAGAAAAAAUCAACAAUGCGAUUCAAGACAUGCCAGCUGUAGAGGAAAUCACACAACUUCUCACUGGCACAUAUAUAAAUUACUUUCAUUGCAUAAAGAUAGUAGAGUUGUUACGAGAGACGGAGGCAGGAACUAAAAACAUAUUUGGAAGCUACUCCUCUCAGAGAAUGAAGGAUUGGCAGGAAGUCGUGAAGCUUUAUGAGAAGGAUGGCAUAUAUUUAGCGGAGGCUGCAGACAUGCUAAUGAAAAAUGUCAAAUAUGAGAUACCGUCACUCAAACAGCAGAUUAAGAAAUGCAACCAGACUCAGGCAGACUGUGCGAGGAAAGAAGUGGACUAUGGAAAAACAGCAGCUGAAAUGAAGGAGCAGUUUCUCAUUUCAUGUCGACAGCUAGGCAUUAAGGGGGAGCGGAUCAAGAAGGAGUUGGUAAGCUUGUUGGGUGAGCUUCCCCAGCAUUACUCUGAGAUGCUGCAGGACAUCGCAAAACUAGCCGAUGUUCAAGUCUUCUACCUGGAGUUUGUCACAUAUACGUUAGGCAACAAUGUAUCAAGUGCAACACUAGAUCGGUUACCAAUGUUGAAAUACAUCAUGGCUCAUGGCAAUACAACUACGUAUGAGUGGAGAACUGGGAAAAAGCCCAGCAGAAUUGAUGAGCCUGUGAUUAAUGUGGAAGAAGACGAGAGCGUGACAAUUAGCACAUCUGAUCAGAUUGAUUUUGAAGGGACAUCUCAGAUCAACUUUGAUAGUAGUGAGGAGGUCGAUUUUGGAAUAGAGCUGGAAACUGGAGCUGAAAAUAUUGAUUUUGGCAUUGAGGAUGCUGCUGAUGCUGAGGGAAUUGACUUUGAUGCUGCUGACCAGAUAACGUUUGAUAUUACAUUAGAAGAUGAAAGUGGAACUCUCACAUUAGACACAAAAGAAUCAAAUGAAGGGCUCGCAACAGGCACUGAUGCUUUCUUAAUCAUGGACAAUGCAAGCACACGAAACCUGUUCUUAGAUGACCUAUACGAGCUGCAAGUCUUCCUCAGCCAGAGGCUGCUGGAGAUGAGCUCCGAGGCAAACGUGCUCGCCAUGAGCCAGUUUGAGAGGGCGCCUCUGUGCAUACAGAGUCAGACGACGGAGCAACUGCAGCACUACCUGGCGGCCGUCGACGGCAUCAUAUUGCAGCUGACGAGUGGGAAGAUGCAGCACCUGUUUCUCAUUAAGAGUUCGCCAAGGUACGUCGACCGACUAGCGGAGUCACUGAAACAGAAGUGCUGGCAGGCGGACAAGAUGAUCCAGUCGCAGAAGUUGAUGGUGCGGAAGCAGAAGGAGAGUCGUCGGGAGCAGGAAGCCCUAGAGCCAAAGCUGGCGCUGAUCCACAAGCGCACUAAGGAGCUUCAGCAGCAAAUCCAAGGAGAAAUUUCCAAGAAGUACAAAAACAGACCAGUGAAUUUGGUUGGUGAGAUUAACAUAAUUUGAAACACCAACUGAAUUAGCAGAUGAAAGUAAAUUAAUGUUGUCACUUGGUUGUCGUAAUUUAUCAUGUUUUUUUACAAAGGCUUUUGAUGAAAGAUGAAGGUAGCUCUAUUACUACACUUGCUUUUAUUUAAUAGACUUCAGCUGUUCAUGAAUCAGAAAUCACAAUUUACUUCCCCUAUGUGUUACCGACAAUAAUAAUUGCCUUGGAUGGUCUGCAAACAAUUGGGAAUUUUUUACAUGAACAGCUUACAUCAGAAGGCUUUACAUGAUAUGUUUACUUCAUGCAUUGAACGAAUUCUCUUCACCUGUACCAUGUUUCGGAUUACGUAAACUACAUAAAAUUUACAGGUGAUUAGAAAUCAAUAAAGAAACAUUAAUAUAUAACAAAGGAAACAUAAUGUAUAAAAAAAGGUAGACAUACUCUAAGGUGUUUAUAUGACUUUUUUUUUAGUUUGAAACAAGUAUAAUUUUGUCUAAGGUCGCUUGGCCCCAAAAUCCUCUAACUGUAACAGAUGAAUUAUCUAAAACAAGCAUCCAUUGUUGUAAAAUAUUUUAUUAUGAAAUAAAGUCCUUUUGGAUGAC